AUGGCCGGCUUGGGGCGGAUGCCGCUGCUGCUGCUGCUGCUGCUGCUGCUGCUGCUGCCGCCACCCGGGCCCUCGGAGUGGAAGCAGAUGGGCCUGGGCCACAAGGGGACCGGCGAGGCCUGUGAGGACCACAGGGAGUGCCUGAGCAACUGCUGCGUCACCAACAGCGUGAACCCCCAGAAGUUCUGCACCCCCAAGACCAUCUUCCAAAAGUGCCUGCCCUGGCGGAGGCCCAGGGGGCACGCAUGCAAGAGCCACACCCAGUGCCAGAGCAGCUGCUGCACCAGGAACAGCCACAGCCCCGAGUGGUUCUGCACCCCCAAGACCAUCUUCCUGCAGUGCGUGCCCUGGCGCAAGCCCGACGGUGACUUCUGCGAAAGGCACGACGACUGCCACAGCCGGUGCUGCAUCCGGCUGAGCGAGGUCAGCCCCUACCGCUGCAUCCCGCGGACGGGGCUCCUGGCCCAGUGCCUGCCUCUGAAGCACAAGCACGUGCUCUCCACCGAGACCAGCCCCCUGACUCCCCAGAGCCAGGUCCAUCUGCGUCCCGAGGGCCCCGCGGAGGUUGCCGAGGCCGCCUCCUCCUCCCCCGCCCGCGCUUGGUUCCUGUAG